AGCAAUGAGGUCUCUUCGUAAACGAAAGAAUGAUGUUGAUGCUCAGAAAAGAGCUGCUAGUGAGUUGAGGCGGCGUUUAAAAAUGAUUGUCAAGAAGGAAAGCGUGACGAGAACGGAAGGAGAACUAGAACUUCUCGCUCAAUGGCCAGCAAUCGUCAAUGAAAUCGAGCACGGCAUGGAAUUGUUUCAGAGAAGUAAACAACGUAAGUUAGAGGUGCUGGACGACCCUGAAGUGAUUGACAAGAAAUGCAGUGAGUUAGCGGAAGCAUUUAGGCAAUCCAAAUCGAUUGUAGUGUACACAGGGGCUGGAAUUAGCACUGCUGCUGCCAUUCCUGACUAUCGUGGGCCGAAUGGGAUCUGGUCGAAGCUCUCAGAAGGAAAAGAAGUUUCUUCUGUGGAUCUUACUAAAGCUGUUCCGACUUUUACACACAUGUGUCUUGCCAAGAUGGUGCAAGAUGGCCUUGUAACACAUGUUGUCUCUCAGAAUUGUGAUGGUCUGCACGUAAGGAGUUCCCUCGAGCGUUCAUCAUUGUCCGAAGUGCAUGGCAACAUGUACACAGAGGUUUGCUCGGCUUGUGACCAAUUGUACUUUCGGUUGUUUGAUGUCACUGAGCAAACGUCUCUGUAUCGACACAACACUGGCCGAACAUGUACGGAUUGCAAGUCACCAUUGAGAGACACGAUCGUACAUUUUGGUGAGAAGGGUUGUCUAGAGCAGCCACUGAAUUGGCAGAGAGCAGUGGAUGCUGCCAUAGCGGCAGACAUGAUACUCUGUCUUGGAUCCAGUCUCAAGGUAUUACGGAGUUACAAGUGUCUUUGGGGGAUGGAGAGAAUAAAGCAGAGGAGACCUAAGCUUUAUAUUGUAAACCUUCAGUACACAUCGAAGGACCCGGUUUCUACUCUGAAGAUAAACGCACAUUGUGACACGGUGAUGAGAAGAGUUGCUGAAGAGCUGAAUUUAAACAUUCCCGCAUAUAAACGUUCAAAUGAUCCUCUCUAUGAUUUGGCUAAAGACCUGAAGAGUGACGAGAUAGCCACAAUAUCAGACAAACACAUCCCUUCAAGAGAUUUCCCCCUACCGAGCGACACAACCACAGUAAAAACAGAAAACACAGUUGCCAUAAAAGACACAGACACGUGGAAUGAACGAGACCCGUCUGAUACUGACAAUCCACUGAACGGCAAUGUUGCUCCAGUGAGAAAACCAUUACCUGGAUGGUUUGGCAAAGGCAUGCGAAAAGGAGUCAAACGAAAGCGUGUAAUAAAAUCAUGAAUUGAUAGAAAGUAUAGAAUGUAGUAAUUGUACAUGUAGCAGAGAUGUUUAUUUUUAGUUAACUUGCUUUUUACGGAGAUCAUUCUGUAAAGACUAGAUGAAUUAUUAUCACUCUAUUGUCUAAUACACAUGUACUAGACUGUACCACUCUA